AUUACAUACUAGGAAGCCCACAUCUCCAGCUCACAAACGUGCAUGUGUCAUUUUGAACCUAAACAGCGUCGUUGUCUGAGCAGGCGGUGGUGCUCAGAGAGAGACGAUGUGGAAGGUUGUGAUUGGCUUGACCCUCCUGGGCGGGGCUUGCGUGCGGCCUGGCAGCGCGAAGGAGCCCAAGGGGCACGUGUCCGUGGUGGUGGUGGGCGCCACGGGCGACCUGGCCAGGAAGUACCUGUGGCAGGGCUUCUUCCAGCUCUACGCCGACCAGGUCAGUGGCGGCCACAGCUUCUCCUUCUACGGCGGCGCCCUGUCCGAGGCGGAGAAGGGCAGGCCGGCGCUGUUCGAGAUCCUGAAGGGCCUGGCGUGCCCCCAGGGUCUGUCUGAGGACCGCUGCGCCGUCCUCAGGGACCAGUUCCUCAAGCUGGCCGAGUACCGGCAGCUGAAGUUGGCGGAGGACUACGCGGCCCUCUCGGGGGAGAUGGGCCGGCGCCCGGCGCAGGAGGGCCUGGCGGAGGCGGGGCGUCUCUUCUACCUGUCUGUGCCGGCGUUCGCGUACGCCGACGUGGCCGACAAAAUCAACAGCAGCUGCCGGCCUCCCCAGGGGGCGUGGCUGAGGGUGGUGCUGGAGAAGCCGUUCGGCCACGACCUGGACAGCGCGCAGGUCCUGGCCGCCCAGCUGGAGAAGUCCCUGAAGGAUGAGGAGAUGUACAGGAUCGAUCACUAUCUGGGAAAGCAGGUGGUCUCCCAGAUUUUGCCGUUUCGGAAAGAAAACCGGAUGUUCCUGGAGCCCAUCUGGAACAAACACCACAUCGAGAGGAUAGAAAUUGUGCUGAAGGAAACCCUGGACGCGAAAGGUCGAACCCAGUUUUACGACCAGUAUGGGGUGAUCCGGGACGUUCUGCAGAACCACCUGACCGAGGUCCUGGUCCUGCUCACCAUGGGCGUCCCGGCCGACGGGGCCAGCAGCCAGGAGGGCCUGCGCAACAAGCUGGCCGUCUUCGACGCUCUGCAGCAGCUGGGGAAGAGCAGCGCCGUGAUUGGCCAGUAUGAGGCCUACGGUGGGGAGGUGCAGGAGGAGCUGAACAAGACCAAAGACCACGUCAGCAUCACACCAACCUUCGCUGGUGUUAUGGUGCACAUGGGCAGCGCCCAGUUCGACGGCGUUCCCAUCUUCCUGAUCUCGGGGAAGAUGCUGGACGAGCGCGUGGGCUAUGCCCGGGUCCUCUUCAAGAACGAGGUGUUCUGCGUGCAGAGCCCGGACGCGGUCCACUGCAGGCCGAGGCAGAUCGUCUUCUACUUCGGGCACGGCGACCUCAAGUACCCCGCCAUCCUGGUCAGCAAGAACCUGUUCCGGCCGGCCGCGGUGGCCGAGGGCUGGAAGGAGGUGACGGAGCACGAGGACGUCGGGCUGUUUGGCCUGGCCCUGUCGGACUACCACGUCCAGGCCCCCGCGGCGCAGAGGGACGCCUACGAGCUGCUCAUCGCGCAGAUCCUCCAGGGCCGCAAGGACUGCUUCAUCAGCACGGAGACCCUGCUGGCCUCCUGGGGCUUCUGGUCGCCGCUGCUGGCCUCCCUGGCGCAUGAGUUCCCGCGCCUGUACCCGGGGGGCGCCGCCAGCGGCAGCAUGCUGGACCUGCAGGCGCACGGGCGGGAGCUGGCCUUCGUCAGCGAGGCGGUGGUCAUCCCGCAGGACGGAGGGGUCAGGGUCGGGGUCGGCGGGGGGCCGGGGGCUGCCGAGAGCUUCCAGGUGAUGCAGGGAAAGUUCCGGAGCUCGGACAUGGUGUCGGCCUGGGCGGAGGAGCUCAUCAACCGGCUGGCGGCGGACCUGCAGGCGGCGGCGGAGGAGGCGGUGCGGGAGGGCGGGCAGUUCCACCUGGCGCUGUCGGGCGGCUCCAGCCCGCUGGCGCUCUUCCAGCGGCUGGCGCUGCACCACUACGCCUUCCCCUGGCGCCACACGCACGUGUGGAUGGUGGACGAGCGCUGCGUGCCCCUGACGGAGCCCGGCUCCAACUUCCACGCGCUGCACGAUCGCCUGCUGCUGCAGGUGCGGCUGCCCUACUUCAACGCCCACCCCAUGCCCGUGCAGCUCAACCAGCGGCUGUGCGUGGAGGAGGACGGCGGCCCGCUGGUCUACGAGCGGGACAUCGCCCGGCUGGUCAACGCCUCCAGCUUCCACUUCGUGCUGCUGGGCGUGGGGUACGACGGGCACACCGCCUCGCUGUUCCGGGACACCCCGCUGGCCGCCCACGGGGACAGGCUGGUGGCCCUGACGGAGAGCCCCGUCAAGCCCCACCAGCGCAUGAGCCUCACCCUCAACGCCAUCAAUCGCGCGCAGAGGGUGGGCGUGCUGGUGACGGGCAAGGGCAAGCACGAGCUGAUCACCCAGCUCAGCCGGGUGAAGGACGAGCCGCGGAAGUACCCCAUCACUGGGGUGCGGCCCGUCACGGGGAAGCUGGUGUGGUACAUUGACUAUGACGCUCUCCUAGGGUAAGAGACCCCCCCCCCCCCACCAUCACCACAGAUUUGGGCACAAUGCAACCUAUCACUGUGAAACAGUUUUUUUACCAAAUAAAACACCUGAGAACUGUACUUUUUUACCUUUUGAAAGCUCUUUCAAGACUUCUUCUGUUUUUCUGUGAGAUUUAAUUUGUCUUGGUUGCUUUUAUUGUAUUGGGGCCAACAAUCGUUUUUUUUGUAAAAAGUUAAUUCAGUCCAAGAUUUUCUUGAUUAUGGACUUCUAAAAGACACAAGAAAUGCAGGUUGAUUUGUAUUUCUGUGUGACUGGUUCAACUGUGUGUGUGUAUCUGUCUGUCUGUGUAUCUGCUUGCGUGUGUAUUGUUGGCUUGGGGUAGUUGGUGUGGGUGAUAAUCAAAAGAAAUGAAAAUAAUGAAGGAUACACAUUUCCUAAAGGGGUGAUUGAAUAAUGCAGCUAUUUUACCUUGAACUUCCAAGUAAUUUUUUCUUAUUGCCGUAAUGCCAGGAUGAUUGUGCACACACACUAAACUUGUUGGUAGCAUUGCCUAAGUAAUGACAUCACCCUGUUUGGUUUUAUUAACUUUGAAAAAUCUGAAAAUGAGAAGUUUGGGGUUUGGGGAGGGUUGCUGGAAGCCUUGUCGGGAUGAUUUCUAAACGAACUGUUUGCACAUGGUUUUUAUAUCAGUGGAUUUUAAUCGCCACACGCUGUGAAACUUGAUUUUACCACUGAGAGAGCAAUCAAAAUGGUGCACUUUAUAUCACCCAUCGGGACUCAUUGGGCCUUCAGUCUCCUUUAUGACUUUCUUGUCCUGUCCAGCCGUCGUCCAGAGUGAUUUGAGGUUUAGAGUUCUCGUGCCCUUUGAGCUCAGUAGAAUGCCAGGUCUUCACUCUCUUGUGUGCAGUGAUUUGCUUUUAUUUGAAGGUACAUUGACCAAGCCUCUGAAGUGUUCCCCCCCACCCACCCCCCCCCCCCUCUUAUUUUUGCGUCUAAUCAUUGAGUGAAGUGAGUGUGAUGCUUCAGAAACAAGUUCAGCCUCCCCAUAGCUACACUACCUGGCUGAAAGUAUGUGAACACCUGACAUCCAACAUCUCAUCCAAAAUUAUGGGCAUUAAUGUGGAGUUGGUCCACCCUUUGCUGCUAUAACAACCUCCACUCUUCUGGGAAGGCUUUAUACUACAUGUUUGAGUAUUGCGACAGGGAUUUGCUUCCAUUCAGCCAGAAGAGCAUUUGUGAGGUCGGGCACUGAUUGGGCGAUGGCUCGCAGUUGGCUUUCCAAAUGAUCCCAAAGGUGUUGCAUGGGGUUGAGGUCAGGGCUCUGUGCAGGCCAGUCAAGUUCUUCCAUUCUUUUCUCGACAAAACCAUUUCUAUAUGGACCUUGCUGUGUGCCUGGGGACAUUAUCAUACUGGAAAGGGCCUUCCCCAGUCUGUUGGGGAAGCACAGAAUUGUCUAGAAUGUCUUUGUAUGCUGUAGCGUUGAGAUUUACCUUCAGUGGAACUAAGCAGCCUAGCCCAAACCAUUAAAAAACGGCCCCAGACCAAGGGGUGUCCAGAUACUUUUGGUCAUAUAGUGUAUGAACUAAAGUGCCUUUCUAGAUGAAGAACAGACACCAACUUAAUUGAGAUUUAGCUUUUGCAUCUCAAAUGUGUGGUCCAAGUCCAGGAAAAGAUAAGGAUUUAUUUUUGCUGCUCACACAGAUAGCCUAUUUAGAUUUAUUUUCUUUUAAGUCUUAAAAUCAUUUAUAGAACACUUGGCAUUAAGUUUUCCUGUGAUAAAAUUAUUUAUUUUUAUUGUUUUCACUGUUUACAGUCACUGAUUGAUCACCAAACCGGAGUGAAUGAUUUUCCUUGUUAUUUUGUACUGCUGUCUAAAUACUGCCAUAAAGUGAUUCUGAAGCCUAUGAUAUGAAUAAAUCGGAACAUACCUGCCUGCUUGUGGUAGGUCUUUGGCUUUUGACUGUCAAAUUUUAACCUUUUACUUCCUGCAAUAAAUGCCAACUUUUAUAAACA